AACGUUCGUGUUACGAGACGCAAUUUGUAAGGUGUUUUGCGUUCACCCCUUGUUUGCCUAGUGUGUGGGUUACAUAAGCUUUGCUCUAGCAACGAAUAGAGGACAUAUCAACUUCACUUUGGCUGAUUUAAAACGAGAAGACGUUGUCUUCUAGUGAUUUUGCACUAGCAGACACAGGAUGCUUCCAGCUAGUAGAUACUCAUGUAAAGCCCACAGAUGUAUUAGGGCAUUAACAACAAUACAGACAGACCAUGCUACCCCUCAACUGUACUCAAAUAUACACAGGAGAGCAUGCUCUUCAGUAUCACCCCGCAUCACCACACACUACACCAUCCACUCUCGAGAUAAAGAUUCAAGAUGGGAAGGUAUUGAAAUGGAAAGGUUUGCCGAUGAGGCAGAUGUGGUGAUAGUAGGAGGAGGCCCUGCUGGUCUGUCAGCAGCCAUUCGUCUUAAGCAGCUGGCCAAUGAACAAGAGAAGGAGCUGCGAGUGUGCCUUGUAGAGAAAGCCCCUCAGAUAGGAGCGCACACUCUGUCAGGAGCCUGUCUGGAGCCCAGUGCUCUCACUGAGCUCUUUCCUGAUUGGAAGGAACGAGGGGCACCACUCAACACUCCAGUGACUGAAGAUGUGUUCAGCAUUUUUACAGAGAAAUACAGAAUCCCUGUCCCCAUACUGCCAGGCCUGCCCAUGCAGAACCAUGGUAACUACCUCGUGAGGCUGGGGAAUCUUGUGCGCUGGCUGGGGGAACAGGCUGAGGAGCUUGGAGUCGAGCUUUAUCCUGGUUAUGCUGCAGCUGAGGUGCUAUUUCAUGAGGAUGGAAGUGUGAAGGGUAUUGCCACCAAUGAUGUAGGCAUAGCCAAAGAUGGCUCACCAAAGGAUGUUUUUGAAAGGGGAAUGGAGCUCCAUGCUAAAGUCACAUUGUUUGGAGAGGGCUGCCAUGGUCACUUGGCCAAGCAGCUUUACAAGCAUUUUAACUUGCGUGAGAACUGUGAGCCCCAGACUUACGCGAUAGGCCUCAAAGAGCUGUGGAUGAUUGAUGAAAAGAAGUGGAAACCUGGCCGAACGGAGCAUUCUGUGGGUUGGCCCUUAGACAGACGCACAUAUGGAGGAUCCUUCCUGUAUCAUCUCAAUGAAGGAGAGCCUCUUGUGGCCUUAGGCCUUGUGGUUGGUCUGGACUACUCCAACCCUUACUUAAGCCCUUUCAGGGAGUUCCAACGCUGGAAGCACCACCCUUUUAUAGCCGCCACGCUGGAGGGAGGCCAGAGGAUUGCUUAUGGAGCUCGAGCCUUAAAUGAAGGAGGAUUUCAGUCUAUUCCAAAGUUGACUUUCCCUGGAGGUUUGCUGAUUGGCUGCAGCCCUGGUUUCAUGAACGUCCCAAAGAUCAAAGGCACCCACACAGCUAUGAAGAGUGGCAUUCUUGCAGCUGAGGCCAUUUUCCCCAAAGUCACGGCAGAGAACCUGGAUUCAGAGACGGCUGGAAUCCACGUUCCUGAGUACGCUGAGAACUUGAAGAACUCAUCGGUGUGGAAGGAACUGUACUCCGUGAGGAACAUCAGGCCAUCCUUCCAUAAUUACUUUGGCCUGUAUGGUGGCAUGGUCUACACUGGGAUUUUCUACUGGAUCCUGAGAGGAAAAGAGCCCUGGACACUAAAACACUGUGGCAUUGAUGCAAACCAGCUGAAACCAGCUAAAGACUGUAAACCCAUUGAGUAUCCCAAGCCCGACGGCAAGAUAAGCUUUGACCUGCUCUCCUCUGUGGCGCUGAGUGGCACCAACCACGAAGGGGACCAGCCCCCACAUCUGACCUUAAAGGAUGACAGCAUACCAGUGGCCAGGAACCUGGCCAUUUAUGAUGGGCCUGAGCAGCGCUUCUGCCCGGCAGGUGUCUACGAGUAUGUUCCCUUAGAAACAGGAGAUGGGAUGAGGCUGCAGAUAAACGCUCAGAACUGUGUCCACUGUAAGACCUGCGACAUUAAGGACCCGAGCCAAAACAUUAACUGGGUAGUGCCGGAGGGUGGCGGUGGACCUGCCUACAACGGAAUGUAAACGUCCCUAGAGUCUGAUUUUAUACGGUUUCUUGAAAGAUGACAAGGAAAGCCAUGUUCAAGGUUACAGGACUUGACAGUGUAUGUGCCUAAGAAUGAAACUUUAUGUAGAUGUUUGAUGGUACAAGAAUCAUUAGUUAUCCAGUGAAGGCAUGAGGAGCUUAGGAACCUUGAAACCCAUGUAAAAGGACCGUGUUCUGGCAGUUUCUUCAUCUCUUCAGGGGCAUUUUAAGUAGUGAUUGUUUUGUUUUUAAAAA